GGCGAGCUGUCUGAAGUUAAAAACACUGUCCGUGUUAUUGCUCCCUCUCUGCAACGUGCACUGCCAAUGCAAAUUAUAUUUUUGUAGACCUUUAAUAAUCAAAGAAGAUAUUUUUUGACGGAUCUUCUUAUUUUCCUCAAGGACUGUUUACAUUACCAGCAACCUUACUGCUAGAUUUUAAGUGAAAGCGAGCCUUCAGUUUAAGGCUUUAGGAGGACGGUAAACAAGCGAGUAAUGGCGACUGAGAUUGAAGCAUGGACCACUGGCCCUCAAAACGAUGGUGUGUUCUCGCUCGAGCAGAAGCAGCAUGAGGAGGACAGAUCUUACGGCAGCGAGGAUCUGAAUGAGCUGGAGGUGAACGGGAACUGGACCCCUCAGGAAAAGGCCCUGCACGAGGCCCGGCUGAAAGCUAAGGCUAAGCGGCGCCUGCGUAAGUCAUCGUCCCGUGAUUCCACCCGCGAAUCUCUCUCGGACUCGGUGUCAGGAGAGCCGACUGCUGAUCCACACAGCCCGAAGGGCAAAACUGCUGUAAAUGACCGAAAGUCACGGACCGGAAAAGGCCGGGGACUGCCCAAAAAAGGUGGAGCGGGAGGUAAAGGUGUGUGGGGAGCAGCGGGGAUGGUGUAUGAGGUGGAGGAACUCGACGCUAACGACCCUAACUAUGAUGAAUCUGCACAAGGAGACACGGUGUAUGCCACGGUAGUGCCAGAGCUGGACGAGAGGGAGCUCGAGAAGACCAUCAACCCCAUAGUGCAGGAGUACUUUGAGCACGGAGACACUAAAGAAGUGGAGAUGCUGCUCAAAGAGCUGAACUUGGGUCAUCACAAGUAUGAGUUCUCGUCUCUGGCUGUGUCUCUGUCUCUGGAAGGCAAGGCCAGCCACAGGGAGCUCACAUCUCGUCUGCUCUCGGACCUGUCUGGAAAGGUGCUCUCGGAGAGCGACAUGUCUCGUGCGUUCGACAAAAUGCUGAAAGAGCUGCCAGACCUGAUCCUGGACACACCGGAGGCCCCACAGAUGCUCGGUCAGUUUAUUGCACGAGCCAUUGCUGACCACGCUAUACCCAUGAGCUUCCUCGACUGCUACAAAGGCAAAGUAGAUUGUGACCAUGCCAGAGCUGCGCUGGACCGAGCGUCGGUUCUGCUCUCCAUGAAGAGGGAGAUCAUGCGGCUUGAUAAUGUGUGGGGAGUUGGUGGAGGCCAGAGGCCUGUCAAACAUCUCAUCAAAGAGAUGAACCUGCUGCUGAAGGAGUACCUGGUGUCAGGUGUGCUCUCUGAGGCCGAGCGCUGUCUGCGAGAUCUAGAAGUGCCACACUUUCAUCACGAGCUCGUCUAUGAGGCUGUGGUCAUGGUGCUGGAGUCCACAGGAGACGCAGCGUUACAGAUGAUGGUCAAACUGCUCAAGAUCUUCUGGAAAACUGGCCUAAUCACUCUGGACCAGAUGAACAGGGGCUUCCAGCGUGUUUAUGACGAGCUGCCGGAGAUCAGCCUGGAUGUGCCUCAUGCGCACUCCAUUAUGGAAACCUUUGUGGACCUUUGUUACCAGGAGCAGGUCAUCACGAAGCAGCUGAGAGACUCCUGUCCAACCCGGGGGCGCAAGCGCUUUGUGAGUGAAGGCGACGGAGGGCUCGUGAAGAGCUAGACGGAUCUGGAAUCUGUUCUGACUGUCCUCAUCCUCCGAGAAAACAAGAUCAUCAUGCAGAAGAGCAACAACUGAGAAAUGCUGUUCUCUCCUCUGUUGCAGGCUUUGUUUUCUAAUUGUUUGUGAAUUUAUGCAUGCAGCGUGAGCGCUGCGGCGAAGGAAAGAAAUCAGCAGCUUCCGAUGGCCAUGCAAUACAGUUUGGGUUGAGGGAUUAACAUUGCAUUAUGUUUCCAGCUUCAGUUGUUGAUGUUCACAGGUGUUCACUAGUUAGUGUUCACGGUGGUCUCUCAAUGCAUUUUUUUUUUUUGGCAUGCAAUGCAUAAAAUAUGAGCACCUAACGGAAGGUAUUAAAUAUUGAAUGAAGUGCUUAGUCAAACUCUUGGGCUGAAAUACAACAUUUGAUGGGGUCACGUCUAUUGGUUUUCAUUUUAUUGCAUGCUUAUCUUUAAAUUUGUCUUCUUGUUGCAUAUAGAAAACAUACCCACGUUUACAGAUUUGCACGUUUCUUGCAGAUUCUGCUUGUUUGGUUCUCGGUGCUUAUUCCUGAUUUAUGUCUAUAAUGAAUGACAAGUGCUUCUGGCUAGUUUUGACAUCAAGAAGGGCUUUUGUGUGUUUCAGCAGCCAAAGAAUGGAGGAGAGAGCCUCUCAGAAACCGUAAACUGGAAGGAAAGGACUAAUUUAACCAACAGGGCUUUUGUACAUGCGCUCGGUCUUUCUAUGUUAGUUUAUGGGACACUUUUUCAAAGCAGAAACAUAUUUUUGUCAACCAGCCGUUCCAGCAUUUGACACUAAAAUUCAAUAAAAAUUCAUAUUGCUCAUA